CAGGAUAUAUAUACACUUUUGAAAAUGGCCUGACUUGACCUCAGCAACAGAAUCACUCCUUAUGUCCUUGUGCUUUUCACAGGGAAGUGUGCCUCUUGAACCCUCAUAUGUAGUGGGGCAUGUGGCCUCAGCCCCCAAAGAACAAAACCUGAGUACUUUGUUCAAUGACGGGGAAAACAGUCAGGGACUUAAAAAUGAUUUUGUUCGGAACAUCUUGUGGACCUUUGAAGAUAUUCACAUGUUAGUAGGAUCAAAUAUGCCUAUAUUUGGAGGUGGAAGAUACCCUGCUGUGAGCUUGCGUCUCAGGGAUAACAACAAGCCAAUAAACGUGUUAACAGGAAUCGACUAUUGGUUGGACAACUUAAUAUGUAAUGUCCCAGAGCUUGUGAUGUGUUUUCAUGUUAAUGGAAUUGUUCAGAAAUAUGAAAUGAUCAAGACUGAAGAUAUUCCCAAUUUGGAAAACUCCAAUUUUUCUACCAAAGUGAUAAAGGAUAUUGCUCAAAAUAUCCUAUCUUUUCUGAAAUCUAACUGCACCAAAGAAGGACAUACUUACUGGCUAUUUAAAGCAAGUGGAAGCGAUAUAGUAAAGCUCUAUGACCUCACGACUCUUUGUGAAGAAACCGAAGAUAAAUACCAAAACCCUUUCACAAUGCCAGUGGCAAUUCUCUUGUAUAAAGUUGCCUGCAAUAUGAUGAUGAAAAAAAACCAGAACAAGAAACACUAUGGCACCAUUAGAACAUUGCUCCUUAAUUGCGUUAAGUUAUUGGAUAAAACCAGACAUCCACAACCUAGUUGUGCAUUUCCUGUUUGCCAUGACACUGAGGAACGGUGUAGACUUGUGCUCAGCUAUGUUCUAGAGGGCUUGAAAUCUGUUGACAGCAGCAUUAAAAAAGAUGGUGACCUUCCUGCAGCCGACCCCAAUACCCCAAUCCCAUUAAAAUAUGAAGAUGAAUCCACAAGUGGUAGUCCUGAGUGUCUGGAAAAACAGAUGGCUUUGUUUUUAGACAAAAUGGGCUCAUUUCAAAAGGAUAAACAUUCCAGUCAAUCAGGAAUGAUUCCUGGAUCUUGGCAGUAUAAAAUGAAACUCCAGCUGAUUUUGAAGUCAUCGAAGGCUUAUUAUGUUCUAUCUGAUGCUGCUAUGAGUCUUCAGAAAUAUGGAAGAGCAUUACGAUACAUUAAAUUAGCUUUACAGUGCCAUGAUACUUACUGCUGCCUCUGCACCAAUAUGCCUGCUGAAGUGCUACUGUUUCUUUGUCAAUGUUUAACCCUUUGUGGUGAUAUCCAGCUAAUGCUUGCCCAGAAUGCAAAUAACAGAGCUGCGUAUCUUGAAGAACAUAACUACCAAACAAAAGAAGAUCAUGAAAUAUUGCACAGUCUUCAUAGAGAAUCCAGCUGUCAAGUAUUUGCGUGGGCCACUGACUUGUCUACAGACUUGGAAUGUCAGCUUUUGGUUAGCUGCAAAUGCUAUGAGGCAGCUAAUGAAAUCUUGCUUUUUAGUAACUUAAAAAAACAAAAUCCAGAGCAGCAUACACAAGUCCUGAAGAGGAUGGGUAACAUCAGAAAUGAAAUUGGAGUAUUUUACAUGAAUCAGGCUGCUGCAGUGCAGACUGAGAGAGUGGUGAGCAAAAGUGUAUCUACAGCAGAGCAGCAACUGUGGAAGAAAAGCUUCUCUUGCUUUGAAGAAGGGAUUCAUAAUUUUGAGUCAAUUGAUGAUGCAACCAAUUCUGCCCUCCUUUUAUGUAACACUGGAAGACUGAUGCGAAUUUGUGCUCAAGCACAUUGUGCUGCUGGAGGAGAUUUCAAGCGAGAAUUUUCCCCAGAAGAGGCCCUUUACUAUAAUAAGGCUAUUGAUUACUAUCUGAGGGCUUUAAGAUCACUGGGCAAAAGAGAGAUGCAUCCAGCUGUUUGGGAUUCUGUGAACUGGGAACUGUCCACUACCUAUUUCACUAUGGCAACUUUGCAGCAGGAUUAUGCACCAUUAUCUAGAAAGGCUCAGGAACAGAUAGAGAAGGAAGUUAGUGAGGCCAUGAUGAAAUCUUUGAAAUACUGUGAUAUUGAUACAGAGUCUGCACGACAACCUCUCUGCCAGUAUCGGGCUGCAACUAUUCAUCACAGACUGGCUUCCAUGUAUCAUAGUUGCUUGAGAAACCAGGUUGGCGAUGAGCAUCUAAGGAAACAGCAUCGAGUACUAGCUGAACUUCAUUACAGUAAAGCAGUGAAGCUUUUUCAACUCUUAAAGGAUGCACCCUGUGAACUCCUUCGUGUGCAGUUGGAAAGAGUAGCAUUUUCAGAGUUUCAAAUGGCAAGUCAAAACAGUAGUGCUGGGAAAUUAAAGACUCUGUCUGGGGCUCUAGACAUAUUGAUAAAGACCCAGUGUGCAUUUCAGCUGAUCAGAAAGGAGCUUUUAGCUGAAUGUGAACAGAUAAAUGAGGAUGUCAAAAGUAAUGAUGAGAAGACACCACGUGGUGACUCCUCUUCUAACCUUAAUAAAGAUGAAGUUAUAAAACUCCUCAGUAUAUUUGAAUCUCGAUUGUCAUUCCUCCUCCUCCAAUCAAUUAAAUUGCUAACGUCAACAAAAAAGAAAAUUCGUGGCAGUAAUGAAGAGGAGGAAGUUCUUAAGACCAACAAGCAAGUUUACUCCCUUUUAUUGCGUGCAACCGCCAACAAAAAUGUGACUCUGCUAGCAAGAAUAGAAGUCAUUUUAAAUUUGCUGGAGCAGCUGAUUCAGAACAAUGAAGCCGAUAAGACAGGAAUUCGGUGACUUACUAAAUAUAAAACUGCUACAGAUAGCAGAAAUAUCAGUGCCUUGUUUAAACAUGGGGUCAGUGGUUUUGUCCCAUGUGGUGGUUAGUUUUAUUGAAGUUGAGGUAAGCAUUGCCUAUUUAUAACAUGGUACAGCUGGGAAAGAACAGGAGUUCAUCGCUAUCCCAUAAAAGCUGAAUUAUGAUUUGGUUAUUAAUGUUUCCAUAUUUGUGAAGUGCUAAAAUUGAAAUCUAGAGGUAACACUUCCAAUCUUUAACAUUUUGAGAAAUACAAAAUUGAUUUCUCUGAAAAGCAGUGGGCUUUGCAGUGAAGCAAAAUAAAAUGUUUAGCAUAAAAAUGUAAUAUGUUACACUUGGAUCAGUUUGAUAUUUUUUGUAUAAAAUGUUACUUCAUAAGCAAAGCGGCAUUGGAAGACUUUUUCAGUAAUGUUAACUGAAACUGUACAAAGAAAUUUCCCUUAUAUAUGCAAACAUAUUUCCUUUUAAACUACAGUUAAUACCAUGCACAAAAAUAAAUGUGUGCCUUUUUAGCUUCAGUACAAGAUUUUUCACAGAUAUUAGCCUUUGCUGGAAUGUCCUUUUCACCACAGAGUGAAAUGGGUUUAGCUGUAUUUUGAUUUUUUUGGAUCAGGAAUAGUAUUAUCCUCUUCUUCAAACUUGAAACUGUGAAUAAAUGAUAAAGCAUAUUUUAAAUAAAUUUUAUUUAUUGAAACUAGAA